AUGGCGGCGCCAACGGCAACAAGUAGCUGGAAAUUGAAAGCCACUUUGAGAGGAGUAUAUGGGUCUCUUCUCUACGAAUUCUUUGAUUCAUCUUCCAAGGAUGGGGUGGUUUCGCUGUUGGAUGAGAUCAGGGUGGAGAGCCUUACCGUUACAUACACCUACGAGGGUAAAGAUGCCUCCAAAUUCGUGAUCGAUGGGACGUUAUUUCUAGGCUCCUUGCCGCUCCAGUUGAACUUUGAGCAUACGAAAUCAGAAUGGCAAUUCAAAGCCAAUCUUUCUCUGGAUAUAGAUCCUCCCGAAACGACUAUUCAGGAGAUAGCAACACAUAUUUUUGGGCCCGAGCUUGACCUACCCGAUUUUGUUGGAGAUAUCAAGAUAACACCGCCAAAGGACAAGGAUGCUGUUGGAUUGGAAAUCAUCUCACAAGACUCUACUGAGAAUCCUGAGAAGAAGGAUCUUCUUUUUGUUGCGUGGCUUGACUUCUUGGGAUUCUCUUUCCAAGCAGUUCAAUUCCAGGCCGCCGGUCCCAGUAGUGGGCCGAAACCGGCCGCUCAGAGGGCUUUCCUUAUCGCAGUUAACCCGCUCGCCAUGGUUAAGGACAUCCCGCUCGUUGGGGAUUUGCCUCAGCCGUUUGACCAGAUGCUGUUCGUUUAUGUCCAGGGUCAGAAAAAGGGGAGCGACGUGGGUGCCGGCCUUAACCAUAAGGACAUGACGUCGAUCAACGCACUGCUAGCCGGACAGAGAGCACCGUUGCCUUAUAAAAUCACCAAAAAGAAGUACAACGAUACGGAUAUUGUACUCCCAUCCGGGUCGCACUUUAUGCUCCUACGAAAGAGUCCCAAGGGCGCAGCAACAGUCGUGUUGGAUUACGUCUUUGGCAAACCUAAAGGCUCACAGAGCUACCAAGCCAGUAUUACUCAGUAUUCCACCGCUCUUGUAGCAGAAGAAACCAGCAACCCAGGUUCAUCCAAGGCGCCGUACGAAAAGUCCAUUGGCCCUCUCAGCAUUCGCAACAUGGGCCUGAAAUUUUCCACUGGCUCACCACCCACCCUUUCCAUCCUCAUGGAUGCGUCCGUUGUCGUGGGCCCGAUUGGUGUCGGCCUUCUCGGCUUUGGUCUCGUUAUUCCCAUAAAGAAAGGUACUACGCUUCACAACCUUCCUGUGCCCACAUUCGCUAUUGCUGGACUUGCGGUCUCCUUUGACCGCUCGCCGGUUAUUCUCUCUGGCAUGUUCGAGCACCUUGUCACAAAAGAAUCAGAUACCUACCAAGGCGCGGCGACGAUUAGCUUCACACCAUAUCUUUUCCAAGCAGCCGGAUUUUAUGGGGAGAUCGGCGUUAAACCGAAUGUGUUUGAAUCAAGCUUUGUGUACUUUAUGUUAAAUGGCCCAUUGGCUACCCUGGAAUUUGCAGAAAUCAAGGGAGUGACAGGAGGUUUCGGAUAUAAUACAUUUCUAAAAUUCCCGGACGCAAAGAAUGUCACUCAGUUCCCGAUGAUAAAUGUGCCCCAGACGCAAGAUCCAAAGGAUGCUCUGAGCUCCCUCAUCAGCAGCGGAUGGUUCUUCUCUCAGAAAGGUUCCUUCUGGGUUGCAGCGGGCCUCACGGUUCUUGCGUUUGAGGUGCUGCAAGUGCAGGCAGUGGUGGUCAUUGAAUGGAACCCAAGUAUUAAACUUGGGCUUUUCGGGGUGGCUACCGCAGAUAUGCCGCCGGGUGCCCCAGACGCAAGAAAAUUCGUACACGUCCAGUUGGGUAUCGUCGCAGCAGUGGAUUUCAAUGCUGGCACGCUCAAAAUUGAGGGUCAGCUCACGCCGUCUUCCUAUGUUCUCGACCCCAGCUGUCACCUUGAAGGCGGCUUUGGGUUCUAUACAUGGUUUUCCAAUAGCGAGUCAUCGGCUGCCGGGGACUUUGUCUUCACAAUUGGCGGAUACCACCGAUCGUUCAAGCCUCCAGCACAAUAUCCAACUCCACCUCGAUUAGCGAUCAGUUGGUCCUAUGAUUCGGCUAUUAGUAUCAGAGGGGAGGCUUAUUUCGCCAUAACGCCGAAGGUGUGCAUGGGUGGUGGACGUUUAGACGCCUCCCUCACCCUUGGGCCUCUGUACGCCUUCUUCGAUGCCUACGCGGACUUUCUCAUAAAUUACAAGCCCUUCCACUUCACAGCCGAAGGCGGACUCAGUGUCGGUGUCAGGUUUACACUUGAUCUUUGGAUCUGUACCAUCCACAUUGGUGUGGAGAUCUCAGCAACGCUGUAUCUUCAGGGUCCUCCAAUCGCCGGAAGGGUGCAUGUGAAUUUCUGGGUGUUUGGCUUCGACAUUGACUUUGGACACUUAGAAGGCCCACCCGACCCUAUAUUGUCGUGGCAGAAGUUUUAUGAGAUGGUCUUACAGGCUGACCUGUCAAAGGGAUCACAGAGCUUGCUGAGUGGGCCGGCAGACAGUCUUGCUACGGCCCCCUUGCCAUGUCCUCACGUCUUUUCCUGCAAUCGAGGCUUGAUUCCCUCUGGUAAACAAAAAUCCAAUCCAAACGAUGAGUGCUGGAACGUCCGCGGUGCUGUAUUCCAGUUCACGAUCGGAUGCAAGGUUGCGAUUGACCAUGCUACUAUUAUCACCGGUCAGCUCGACUCUAGUGAUCCGCUCCCGCCAUUGGAGGUAAAGGGCAACGGGCAGCCCAUCUUUGCAAGACCGAUGCAUUUGACCAGCGCUCUAUCAAGCAAGCUAAAGGUGACGAUCACCCCGGUGCCACCAAAAGUGGCCCUCUUUGCCGAAGGAACUCAACCAAAAGUUCCACGGUGGGAUACAGCGCAAAUGGUGAUCAAAUCUGUCCCGACUGCGCUCUGGGGCAUAUAUGAUAGCAAAUUCGACCCUAGCAGCUCCUCCAACCCCGAUCCCAACCGUCUCCCUGAUCUUCUCAGCGGGGACAAAUCCACCAUUCCACUACCGAUGGCCAUUCAGAUCUCCUCACCGAAGCCCGUCCUUUCAUCAGACCUGAUCCCAGCAUUCCGGUAUAAAACGUUCUUCACCGAAACUGUGACCAAUGUACCUUUCCCCACGAUUCCCGCUGCCAACCCUGCCUGGUACCCAACGCCAGAGGCGCCACCUGAAAAGCAAUGGGACACGGUGAGAACUCUCUGGAGCGGAACACCCAAGCUAGGACCAGGCGCCGCAGAAAACGCGGUGAAGUUGUGGGCAAACCUGAGCCUCACGCAGUGGGAUCUGACGUCAGCGGGUGCUGUGACUGGGAAGGCCCCAGCAAAACUCUUAGUGAAGGAAACCUUUGAAACACUUUUCCUGGAAGCCCCGAGGGUGGGAGUUGCGGCCGCAGCGUGA